UGAAAGCUUGGACUUGGAGAAAGCUUAGAAGAAUUUUUAAAUCAGAUGUAACACAAGAUUAGCAAUCAAAAUGAACGCCUCUGAGUCUUGCCAUGGAAAAAUCCACUGAAACAUCGACAGUAAGAAGAGCCUCAGAUCUCCCAGUAAGUCCCAAAAGUACGGUCUCUGGUGGCCUUGUACAUCAUAUAGAGUCAAGUACAGCUAGUGUUAAGUUAACAGGACAUAAUGUAAGGAAACUCUCAGACACUGAUUCAGAUUUCACCUCAUCAGAAGACGAAGAGAAAGAUUACACAAUUACAGAGAUUGACCUGAAUAAGAAAGUAGGACCUCCAUCAGGGCUUGAAGACACUGAACCACUCAGUGAAGAAGAUAGUGUGACAGUAAACGUGAAAAGUACAAGUAACAGGGAACUGUUAGAUUCACUGCAGACAUUAGAACCCAAAGUCAAAGUCGUUGUAGAAGAGUCCCAACAAAAGUCAGAGCUGAAGAAAAUAUUCUCUGUUGACAGAUUCAAUCCUUUUGACAGAGAUUUACACAUGGAGGAAGACCACUUUACAGAAGAAAUCAUACCAGCUGUUAGUGAACAGGAAUUCAGAUUCAAAUCCAGUAACGGUUCUAAUGGCAGCUCUUGGACAGACAUUUCUGAUGACAAUCCAGAUGUCACAAAUGCUGAUCUGGGACUCGCAGAGGAUCACUUCUCUCAUCCUGAGGGACAUUUUGGACUGAGUAGCACAGAAGAGAUGGAGAUGGCUAUAGAGAAUUGUAAAGAUUUGAUUGGUCGAGCUCAGCCUCAUUCUGAUCGUCACAAAAAUCUUGUCCAAAAACUGGUUCAGCUGAGACUGAAGCUCCAGGAGUUAAAGGAUGGUCCAGAACCUGUCCCUCAGGAUGUAAAACUGGUGGUGGGACACAAAUUCCAGAUUCAGGAGAGUCGAAGUACCAAGUACUAUUGUGAAAAGUGUAAUGCUAUGAUUCUGGGUGUCAUACAAAAAUGGUUCAGGUGUUCAGAAUGUGGAUAUAGUUGUCAUGAAAAGUGUCUUAAUACAAUUACUAGGAUGUGUGCAAGUCAGAAGGUGCUUGAGUUCCCUGAAUUCUGUCUUUCAAUUUGUCCAAACAGAGGUUUAUCUGCCCAGAAUUACAGGUGUGCUGAAUGCAGGAAAGCCAUUUCAUUCCAGUCUGGUUUCAGUGAGCCUCGACUUUGUGAUUACUCUGGAAAUUAUUUUUGUGAACUUUGUCACUGGAACAAUAUCAUGGUCAUCCCUGCAAGAGUUCUGCAUAAUUGGGAUUUUGAACCUAGAAAGGUAAGCCGAGCCUCUAAGCAGUUCCUGAAGCUGAUGACCUCUAAGGCUGUGAUGAGAAUCCAGGAUGUCAAUCCAAUGUUGUUCAACUUCGUAGAGGAGCUCAAUGAUGUCAAGAAACUGAGAGAGGAGUUAUUGAUAAUGAAGAAGUACCUGUUGGUGUGCAGUGAGGCAAUGGAAAAGAAGUUCUUGCUUUUACUGAAGGAAAGACAACACUUUGUAGAGACUUCAGAUAAAUACUCCAUGCAGGAUCUACUAGACAUAACAUCUGAUACACUACUCCCAGAGCUGGCUAGUAUACACACAACAUGGGCCCAACAUAUCAAAACGGAUUGUCAGAAGUGUCAGGCCAAAGGUUUUAUCUGUGAGCUGUGUGAUGAUGAUGAGACAUUAUUUCCAUUUGACAGCAUUGCUGUGGUGUGCUCCCAGUGCUCCUAUGUACUACACAGACAUUGUUUUGCCAAGAGAGGAGCUCAGUGUCCCCGAUGUGAGAGAAGAAACAGAAGAAAUGUCAACUGAAGAAGAUAUUAUCUUCAACUCUGUGCAAUAAACAAUGGCAUUUAUCAUUGAAAAUUAUUUAUUUAUGCAUGUUCUUGUUUCCGGCCUGUUUGAAUAUUAAACAUUCCAAUGAAACCUGAGAAGUUUAUUUAACAUUUGAACAAAAUCAUUUUUGAGAAUUUUAAAUGUUAAAGCUAAUACAUGCCAUAAGGGUAGGAUCUUAGUAUUUUCAAAGAAAAUACUUUUUCCAAGUUGUUGAAAAAAAAUCUGCAUAAUCUUUAACUUUAAAAAAGUGUGUUUAUAUUUCUUUCUGUAAUUUUUAUCUCCAGCAGCUAUAUUUCACAUUAUUGAGAGUGCGUAGUAAUUAUACACUCAGUGAAGAAAUUUGCAUCUCUUAUUUUGACUUCAACAGCUUUCUAUUGAUAACUUUAAACUUUGCACAGUGAUUUAAAACACAUCUCCUA